AUGCGAACAUUUGCCUCAAUAGCCCAGAACACAUGGGAAAUUUUUAUAUCUGAAAGGAAGCCUGGCUGGAAGUCUUGGAUGAAGCUUUUUGGAGUUUGCUUUGCAGUUGGCUUCCUCUCCAGCUUUCUUUUUUUCCUUGGCAUGCACUUCUCCCUGGCACACCACUCUUUGGGUCCCUUACUGAUUUCUGGAUUCAUCUGGAUCUUGUUUUCUGUCAUGCUCUUCUGUUUCAAGCACCUGCGCUGUUUUAGUGUCCUGUUCCUUUUUUCCUGUGGACUGAAAAAUGGCAGGAACGCUCUUAUUACUGCUGGCACAGGUGUCAUGGUGGCCAACAACAUCCAAAAUAUUUUUCACAACCUAAAGGUUCUGGCAGACACCAUAACCUGUCAUUUGAAGCAUGAGCAAUUUGCCUUGAUAAAAUAUUAUGUUGAGGCAGUGAAAUGGAUUUACGAGUCAGCCAAGCUUUCCACUGUACUACCUAAAGAUAUAGUGAUCUUAAAGCAUGAAUUCACACCAUCUUAUUCGAUUUCAGAUGAUGCAUUAAAACAAGAGCUAAAUGACACAAAGCAAGAAAUCCAGAGAGUUGCUAACCAGAUAUAUUUUAUGCUGACUAUACUGCCCUACAUAGGCCAGAAAGUGUUGCCGGUCACUGGGAUUUUUCUAGUUUCUUUUGGAACUGGCCUUUUUAUCAAAAAAUUUUUGGGUUCUCACAGUACCAAAUUUAAAAAUACUUAUAUCACAAAAGAGUUCAUUGCAUUUGAUGAGCACCAAAAGCAACAGCAAAAACCAUGUCUUUUGCCACUUAACAGAAAAGAAAGAAAAGAUUAUGUGACAAUCCCAUCUUUCUGCUUCACAAGAAAAGACAGGAAAAAAAUACUGUAUUUUUUUCUCCCUGUAAUUAUUCAUCUUUGCAUCUGGCUUCUGUUUGCUGCAGUAGACUAUUUGUUUUAUUGGUUAAUUAUUUCGGUGAAUAAAUAUCUCCAAGAAGUACCGGAUCUAGAGAUUCAACUCAGCCUCUCUCAGAAUAGGAAUGAGAUUAUUAUUCAUAUCGCAAAGCAUAUUGCAAAGACUGAUUCUUUCAAGAUCCCUUUGUUUAAGCGUGACUGCAUCCCUCAUCCAGAGCUUGCUCUCUCCACGGCAUGGAUCCACCUCGGGGUCAUCAUCUUCUUCUUAAUAACUUUUGGAUUAUUCUCUGGCCUCCUGACCCAACUUAAAAUACUUGUGUCAACUUCUUUUUAUCCUGAUGUUGCAAUGAAACGGAUACAUCAUUUGCAUGCGAAAUUACUCAAGAAAAGAGCAAAAGUACAAGAAAAAACUGUGAAGAACAUGUUUGCUAGAAGGGUCAGUUUUUGGUUUCCAAUACUCAAGGCAACAGAGGUAGUGAGGAAGAAAGAAAGGAGUGUGGCAAAAUGA